AAACAGUAACCAUAUGGAUAAAAAAGAGGAAAGAGAGGCCACUCUGCAAAUAAAUUCAGAACGUUAAAAAAAAUUAUAUAAAACAAAGGAAGAAACAAGAGAGUGUGAAGCUUCGAGAGCUCUGGAAGAGUGGAGGCUUUGUUAGUGAUUUUCUGGUUCUUUACACAGAAUCGAAGCAGAGUGUUUGCUGAGUUGUUGGUUGUAAUUGGUUUAAGUUGAACUUGUAUAGCAGAUAGGUUUCAUUUGGUUGUGUGAUUAAGGUUGGAGCUAGGGGAGAAUUAAGAAGGCUAGAUAAGUAGAAUUUCAAGUUUCAGCAUGUCUGUGGCUUUGCUAUGGGUUGUAUCUCCCAACUCACAGUUGUCAAGAUAUGCUGGAUUUGAUGAUUCAGUUCGUGAUGGAAACCGACUAAUAGACUCAUCAAGAUUUCUGUACCGGGAUCGUGGUUCGAUGUUUAGCUGUAGACCUAAUAAGGAUAGGAAACAGAAAUGGAAUUCUUGCUCAUUUGGUACAGAUUUUAGGCAUCCUUGCUUAGGUGGAAUCAACUUACCUGAGAUAUCAUGUAUGGUGGCUAGCACAGUGGGAGAAAUGGCCGUGUCUUCAGAAGAAAAGGUUUACAAUGUGGUGUUGAAGCAGGCAGCCUUGGUUAAUAGGCAAUUAAGGUCAAGUGGAGAACUUGAUGUGAAACCUGAUCUUGUUUUGCCUGGAACUUUGAGCUUGUUGAGUGAAGCUUAUGAUCGGUGUGGAGAAGUUUGUGCAGAGUAUGCCAAGACAUUUUACUUGGGAACUCUCCUAAUGACUCCUGAAAGAAGAAGAGCUAUAUGGGCUAUAUAUGUGUGGUGUAGGAGGACGGAUGAACUUGUUGAUGGACCUAAUGCUUCACACAUUACUCCAACAGCCUUAGAUAGAUGGGAAUCCAGGUUGGAAGAUGUUUUCCAGGGUCGUCCAUUUGACAUGCUUGAUGCUGCUUUAUCAGAUACAGUAGCAAAAUUUCCUGUUGACAUUCAGCCAUUUAGAGACAUGAUUGAAGGAAUGAGGAUGGACCUUAAGAAAUCAAGAUAUAAGAACUUUGAUGAACUAUACCUGUAUUGUUAUUAUGUUGCUGGCACUGUUGGUUUAAUGAGUGUUCCAGUCAUGGGAAUUGCACCUGGAUCACAGGCAACAACAGAGAGUGUCUACAAUGCUGCCUUGGCAUUAGGGAUUGCUAACCAGCUCACCAACAUACUCCGGGAUGUUGGAGAGGAUGCAAGAAGAGGAAGGGUUUAUCUACCACAAGAUGAGCUGGCACAAGCAGGGCUUUCUGAUGAAGACAUAUUUGCUGGAAAGGUGUCUGCUAAAUGGAGAAAUUUCAUGAAGAACCAAAUUGAGAGAGCAAGGAUGUUCUUUGAUGAAGCAGAGAAAGGCGUGGCAGAGCUGAGCGAUGCUAGCAGAUGGCCGGUAUGGGCAUCGUUGCUUUUGUAUCGUCAAAUACUAGACGAGAUUGAAGCAAAUGAUUAUGACAAUUUCACAAGGAGGGCAUAUGUGAGUAAAGUGAAGAAGAUAGCUGCAUUGCCAGUCUCCUAUACAAGGUCGCUCGUACGCCCCUCCAGAAAAGCACUGUUAAAAGUGCAAAAUUGACACUCAACAUUGAUUCUCAGAAGCAUAUAUAAUAAUUGAAUACCAAAAACAAACAAGAGUCAAUUGUUUUGUAUAUUAGGAAUUGUUGUAAUGCAGCAACUCUGUAUCCAUUAUAAGCUCAAAUAGUAAAUUUAAUUCUCA